AUGGUAGCCAAUGCCCAGAGCACGCUGUUGCAGAAAGCUAGAGACUCUGCAUCUUUCGACACGUUCCAGCUGACGUGCAUACUAUGGGGAAGUGAGAAAGUUGUCAAGGAGCGACGGGCCGCCUUCAACCGAGUUGAGAAAGCAAUCGGCACCAACGACAAUGCAAAGCUUCCUCGAUGCUACGCGCAGACCUCACGCGAGGAUCUAUUCGAGCAAGGUCUUGAGAUGGGAAAAGCGUGUCUCGAUGAUAUGCUCAAGCAUGACCAUGAGCACUUUGUGUGGAUUACGCCGCGAUACAACCUCAUGAACGCCAGCCCCUUCGGCCACAAAGCCAUCCUCUUCGAGCCUGGCAUGGAGCACAACGGUACUGAGGAACAAAAGGCAAAGUGGCUUCCGCUUGCUCGAUCCGGUAAAAUACUUGGUACAUACGCACAAACCGAGCUUGGUCAUGGUUCAUUCGUACGAGGUAUCGAAACGACCGCCACCUUCGACCCCAAUCGCGAUGAGUUCGUCGUUCACUCGCCAACAAUCUCGUCGACAAAGUUCUGGCCUGCAGGGCUAGGCUUCUCGACCACACACGGCACAGUCAUGGCUCGACUGAUUGUUGGCGAUCAGGACCACGGCCCACAUAUAUUUCUUGUACGACUUCGCUCAGUCGAGGACGGCACACCAAUGCCAGGUGUGAAGAUGGGCGAUGUCGGCUUAAAGCUUGGCUACAACGAAGCAGACAAUGGCUUCGCCUCUUUCGAUAACGUUCGUAUCUCUCGAUCGCAGAUGCUCAUGGCUCAUAGCCAGCUCACAUCCGAUGGCACAUUCACCAAAGAUCCCCUCCGCGCUAAGCUCUCAUACUCUGUCAUGCUGCUCGUCCGCGGCAGGAUGCCCAGUGUCUUUACGGUCCAGCUAGCCCAAGCUUUGACGAUCGCGACACGAUACUCCGUUGUACGACAACAAGGCCUCGGGCCUGCCGACGCGUUUGCCACCGAAGGAAGCAUCUUGCACUACAAGCAUCAGCACUUCCGUCUGCUGAGCUUGAUCGCUAAGACGUACGCCAUGUUAUUCGGCUCUCGGGCAUGCGACGAACAGUAUAACAAACUACGGGAGAUGCAGAGCAAGAACGAUCACUCGCUUCUGCCGGCUGUUCACGCAUUGACUGCUGGAAUGAAGGCGUAUGUCACGUCAGAGGCCGCUGAUGGCGCUGAAGAUGCGCGCAAGCUGUGCGGGGGCCAUGGGUACAUGUCUAUCUCAGGCUUACCAGACAUCGUCGGUGCCUUGGUCGGUGGCGCGACAUUCGAGGGUAAGAACUACGUCCUCUGGCAACAACUUGGGCGACAUCUCCUCAAGCAACUUGACCGCCUACAAGACGGCGAGCCUAUCGAGCCCCACGUCCAGUACCUGACCGAUGUCGAAGACCCCAACCUUCCAUGCUGCGCAUCCGCGACGCAGUUUCUCGACCCUAAAGUACAACUCGGCAUCUAUCGCGACCGUGCACACCGUAUGGUCGUGAAGGCGCAUUCGGCGAUUCGCGCAUCGACCAAGUUGCCAGCGGAUGCAUGGAAUGAGCACAUGAUGCUGCUCAUCUCCGCCUCUCGUGCUCAUAUCGAGUACUUCAUUCUGAAGUCAUUCACCGACUUUAUCUCGAGCCUGUCUGACUCUACGUGCAACUACCUCCGCAUCGUUUUGAACCGUAUGCGCUCUCUAUACACACUAUCGACUAUCAUAAACCCACGUACCGUCGACGCAGUAUCCUUCAUCGAAACAGCCGACGAGCGUUCUCCGUAUUUCACUUCGGGACAGCUCGACACUAUCCGGCAUCUUGUCAACGGUUUGCUCGAUCAAUUACUGCCCGAGGCCGUUGGCCUGACGGAUGCGUGGGACUUUUCCGAUGCCAGUCUCUGCAGUGCGCUGGGUAUGUACGACGGCAAUGUAUACGAGAACAUUAUGCGUUGGGUCGAGCAGUUGCCUAUCAAUCAGAAGGCAUGGCAGAAUGCCGGGGUACAGCAGGGGUGGAAGAAGUGGGUUGAUCCGAUUCUCAAAAGGGAGGCGAAGUUGUAG